UACUUAAACCACAUCAGGCUAACAAGAUGGAAGACAAUAUAACACGAAACAUAUCAAUGGCACUGUAUCGUUAUCUAUGUCAACAUAUAGUAGGCUCAGAAGAUCAUGUUAAACAAAUCAGAUUAAUGAACGCUGUCAAGGACAAUAUAGAAAGUAACAAGGAAUACACACUUAUAACCAGUGGAAGCUUUGGGGAAGGACUAGAUAUGCGAGGAAGUGAUUUAGAUAUUAUGCAGGUUUCAAGACACGUACAGGUGUAUGAAGAUGUAAAACCCUUCUUAAAUCCAAACAUAACAUAUUUAUCAAUGGAUACAGACGAUGUUAAACCUGGUUAUGCUCAGUUGAAACUAGAUUAUAUCGGAUUUCGGAACAAAGUUUUAAAACUAUGUGAAGAACAAAAUGGUGAACAUUAUUUUUCGAGUACAUUAUGUAAACAGAUGAACGCUAUCAGUCGCACUACAAUUCAUGGACCUUGUAUAUCUGACCUGACAGGAUUUAUGGACCAUGCUUGUUGCUUACAUUGUAAGACGUUGGUGUCUCCUGCAAGACUGUGGGUCACAAGAUCAAAUUAUUCCUGGCCGAGUCAUAAUGUCAAACAAAGCAUUAUAAAACACGGAGUUCUUUUUGUACCGAUCGGAGUAAAGGGCUCACCAAAAGAACAUUUAGAAUGGCGAAUCUCUUUUUCAGUUGGUGAAAAAUUUCUUAUUAAUACCUUUACUCACACUCAACUACUGUGCUAUGCUCUCUUAAAAAUUAUAUUGAAAGAUGUAAUAGCUACUGUUUCCGAAUGUGAAGAUUUACUUUGUUCUUACUUCAUGAAAACAAUUGUGUUUUGGAUAUCUGAAGAACUGCCACAAUCCGUUUGGAAACCUGAUUAUAUUAUUCCUUGUUUUAUGCGAUGUCUCAGCAGGCUGGUUUAUUGUGUUGAGCACUCAGUUUGUAUCCAUUACUUCAUCCCGGAGAACAACAUGUUCGAAAACAAAAUUGUGGGCCGUGCUCGUGGUGUACUUUUAGAAAAUUUGUAUGUAUUGCACAGCUAUAAUUGGCGAUGCAUUUUAUUAUCUGAUCAAAUAUCUUACUUUGAUUUCUCACUUUCGAAUUUUCCUAUCGAACCACGUGCGCUCUAUUCAAAAGAAGUAGAAAAAAUGCUUUCAUCCUAGUUAUGGCGUUGUGCAAAUAUGUUCUUAUCAGCCUAUGAAUCGAAUAUAAUGAAUAUAAGGACGAAACAGACCUCUCUGUGUCAUCAGAUUUCCGGAUCUUCUAUUAAAGAUACAUAUAAGUUCUACAUAUCAAAGUGGUGUCAAUCACAUGCCCAGUGUGUGCCACUAAUUAACACAUUAAGUUAUAAUAAAUAUAUAUACAAACAGUACAAAUUAUGUCUAGGUACUGUCAUAGAUAAUAUCUAUCAUGACGUUUUAUCUGGAUGGCUGAUGGUUGCUACUCUUUUCUAUAAGACAAAACAGUACAGCAAAGCCUUAUACAUCGUCAGUUAUUCUUCAUCGAAAUGUACUCCUGAAAAACUGACCUAUGGGAUGACUUUAUCGGAUAACAAUUACAAGUUGCUUAAACUGCAAACAUUUCAGAAAAAGAGUUUGGCGUGUUUGCUGAAAAUUUUGGUUGUGGACCAUAUAAAAUUUAAGUCGAAUUCUACGUUAAUUCCAGAUGAACUUCAAAUGAACCAAUCAAAUGAAAUGUGUGCAUUUCCAUCUACAGCGUAUGCUUAUUUCAUCAAAUUCCUUUGUAAUUAUCAUCUCAAUGAUGUCAGACAAUGUCAAGAUUCCAUUCAAAGUUUACAACUGGUUAGUAGUGAACUUUAUUAUGUGGAAUCUGACCUUGCCGCAGCAGGGGCUUAUAAUCUCUUAGGAGUCGCUCUACAGUUAUCAGGCGAUAAGGAAUCCGCCAGACACGCAUUUUUACAAUCAGUUGAAUUAUACCCGGACGAAUUUCGCAAUUUUGGUGUUAAGAGACUUUCGUUAAUUUGUUAAUUGUAACAUAUGUGUAUUCAGUUGAAAUUCUGACAUUGUGAUAUUUGUGAGUGUUUAUCUAUGAAGCAGAGUAUGAACUUGCUGGAACAACAUGACAUUACAGAAUGACGAACAAUACAUAUCAUAUAUAAAUUUUUAUUUAAGAAAUAAUUCCCUCAUGUCAUGUUCUAUGCUCAUUUCAGCAUGGGUAGACAUCAAAUGUGUUGAUAUUUUACACUAAGUGGAGAGCUUAACAUGAAGAAACUAUUUCGAGUCUAAUGAGACACAUAAUGUUUUUUUAUUGUCGAAACUUACGAAAAACCCAUACGAACAUAGCUAUUCCUGUUUCCUUCUCAGGAAUUAUUUACAUUUAUUAUAGAUUUAUUAUAUUUACAAUUAUUUUCAUAUUUAAGUUUAACAUCUAAUAGCAGGGAAAAUAUAUGAUGUUUUUAUAACAUAUUAAUAUAAUAUUGAUAGACUUUUAUGUGAGCAGUUAAAAUUAAUUUUACCAGUAUGCAAGGACAUAGCGAUAAUGUAAACAGUAAAUUUGUGCGCAUGAGUCAAUCAUAUGUUGUGCUAAAUAAAACGGGACUUAGCUCACAAAGCGAAAUAAGGAUGUCAUUAUAGAAUAAGUAACAUUAUAAUCUUUGGUGAAAGUCACAAUGAAUACACACCUAUUUUUUGUUUAUUUAUUUAUUUUUUCUGGCGUUUUAUUUUUCUGUCGUUUCUCUUUUUUGUCAUGCAUUUUUCAGUAUGUUCCGACAAGUGCUUUAUGCUUAAAUUUCCAAGGUUUGGGGAGGGAUGGGAUCCCGCUAACCCUACAACAAUUUGUCAUGGAAUUUUCAGUAUGUUCCGACAUGUGCUUUAUGCUCAGAUUGUCGAGGUAAGGGGAGAGAUGGGAUCUCUCUAACAUGUUUAACCCCACCAAAAUGUGUAU